AUGAAAAGCCAAUACGACCCACCUCCACAAGCUCAAGUCCUAGCACCUCUAAACCAAGGCACCGCACCACCAGCCUACUCACCCGUCUCCAACGCCUUCCCCGUCCCCGUCCCUCAAAUCGCCGUCUCAUCACCCCAAGACCAAACAGCAGAUGACCCCUAUGCCUUCCUCAGCUCCUUUGACACAAUCUUCCUGAUCGACGAUUCGGGCUCCAUGGCAGGUAGUCGCUGGAGAGAAACUCAAGAAGCCCUGGAAGCAAUCACGCCAAUCUGUACUUCUCACGAUGCCGAUGGGAUUGAUAUCCUCUUCCUGAACAAUCCGGAAAAUCCAUAUCACAGAAAUGUCAGUUCGCCGGCCACGGUCCGCGAGAUCUUUUCUAGUGUGAGGCCGCAUGGUGGUACGCCUACUGGACAGCGAUUGGAUUCUAUUCUGCGACCAUACAUCAGGCAGUGCGAGCAAAGAGGUCCGGAGGCGGUGAAGCCGUUGAAUUUGAUCGUCAUCACUGAUGGUGAGCCGAGUGAUGAUGUGGAGGCGCCACUCAUCAGCUGUGCAAAGAAGCUGGAUAAGAUGGAUGCUCCCGCUUGGCAGAUUGGUAUCCAAUUCUUCCAGGUCGGCAGAGAUGAAGGUGCACGUGCUCAUCUCCGCGCGCUGGAUGACGAGUUGGCCGAGAUUGCUGGCACCGAGUUGAGGGAUAUGGUUGACACAGUGCCGUUCAAGGGCGCAGAGGGAGAGCACUUGUCAGCAGAUGGCAUUCUGAAGGUUGUGCUAGGAGCUGUCAACAGACGGUUGGACAGAAAGAGGAGUAAGGAUCUCCACCGUUGA